AUGUCGCGCGGCGGCGGAACCACGUUGUACGUCACCGGCUUCAGCCAUGGUACUCGUGCUCGCGACCUUGCCUACGAGUUCGAACGCUAUGGACGAUUGGUUCGAUGCGAUAUCCCAGCACCCCGAUCCGCCUCGAGCAGACUUUUUGCCUUUGUUGAGUACGAGGAUCGUCGUGAUUCCGACGAUGCCUACCACGAGAUGCACAACAAGCGCAUCGGACGUGACGAUGUUCUGAAGAUCGAGUGGGCCCGCACACCUCCUUCUGCCUCUUGGCGGUUCGAUUCCGGUCGCGAUCGUGAGCGCGCCCCCAGACGCUCCUCACCCCGUCGUGGACGGUCGCCCUCUCCCCGCCGCAGCACGCGCGACUACUCGCCUCCCCCUCGAAAGGAAGACCGCCGUGACCGCGACUACGACCGCGACAGCCGCCGCGACCGAUCUCGUAGCCCUGACCGACGUGGCGACAGCCCCCGCGACGCUAAGGACGAUCGUGACGUGAAGGACGACCGUGACGCCAAGGACGACCGUGACGACCGGGACCGCCGCGACAGCGGCGCCAAUGGCGACGACCGUAAACCCAUCGACAGUCCACCUCCCGUCCACGACGACCUGGACGUUGCGGAGUAG